CAUUUCAUACAGGCCAAGGGGCGGCUGUACGGUAGCGGGCUUUAGGACCCGGCGGAGCCGCUCGUGUGAAGACGGCAAACAGCAAUGUUAUGGCCGGUUUUACCUGCGCGCGACUGACGAUAACCAUUUAAGCUAACCUGCAGCAUCUUGUGGUUUAUCCAUCACAUGUCGCACUGUUGGUAGCUGUGUAGUGACAGGUUCAGUACCCACAGGAAGCUGCGGCUCGUCUCUCAGCCGCUGAUGGAGCACAUCCGACUACCAAAGGUGGAGAGCGUCAGGCUGCUCGACAGAGUGUCCCCCAGAAGAAGCAGGGUGGGCACCCUCUACCUGACGGCCACACACACCAUCUUCGUGGAGAACGAGGCUGGAGUGCGCAGUGAAACAUGGGUGCUUCACAGUUUGGUGUGCAGUAUGGAGAAACAAGCCGCCUCAGCCUCAGGAUGUCCUCUCAUAAUUCACUGCAAGAACUUCCAGGUUCUCCAUUUUGUCAUACCUCGAGAGCGAGAGUGUCACGAUGUUCACCUGUCCCUGCAGCGACUCUCCCAGCCAGAGACUUACGAGGAGCUGUAUUGCUUCUCCUAUAAUCCUAACGUUGAUGAUGAGGAGAGACGACAGGAAUGGGACUUCUUGGACCUCAAGGCUGAUUACAGAAGAAUGGGACUUCCAAACUCCCUGUGGAAACUCUCCACUGUCAACCAACACUACAAGGUGAGUGACACCUACCCUGCCGACCUGUUUGUACCCGAGUCCGCCACACCUCCAGUCAUAGUGGGUAGCUCCAAGUUCAGAAGCCGAGGCAGAUUUCCCACUCUGUCGUACUACUCCAAAGAAAAUCAUGCUGCCAUCUGCCGCAGCAGCCAGCCCCUGUCAGGUUUCAGCGCCCGCUGCCUGGAGGAUGAACAGAUGCUGGAGGCCAUCUUGAGGUCCAAUCCCCGCAGCGACUUCAUGUAUGUGGUGGACACCAGGCCUAAGCUAAAUGCAAUCGCAAACCGAGCUGCUGGAAAAGGCUACGAGAAUGAAGACAACUACUCCAACAUCAAAUUCCAGUUCAUCGGCAUAGAGAACAUCCACGUUAUGAGAAACAGCCAACAAAAAACGCUGGAAGUGUGCGAGCUGCGCUCCCCCUCCAUGUCUGACUUCCUGGAAGGUCUGGAGAGCUCAGGCUGGCUGAAGCACAUCAAAGCUGUUUUGGAUGCCGGCAUCUUCAUCGCCAAGGCUGUUGCCGAGGAGGGUGUCAGUGUCCUGGUCCACUGCUCAGAUGGCUGGGACCGCACUGCCCAGGUGUGCUCGGUGGCCUGUGUGCUCUUGGAUCCUUACUACAGGACCCUUAGAGGACUAAUGGUUCUCAUUGAGAAAGACUGGGUCUCAUUUGGACACAAGUUCUCUCACAGAUGCAACCACCGGGUCGGAGACCCUAAAGAGGUAUCUCCCAUCAUCGAUCAGUUCCUGGAGUGUGUGUGGCAGCUCAUGGAGCAGUACCCCUGUGCCUUUGAGUUCAACGAGAGGUUCCUCAUCACCAUUCACAGCCACAUCUACUCCUGUCAGUAUGGCAACUUCAUUGGCAACAACCAGCGGGAGAGGAUAGAGCUGGGACUGCGUGAGAGGACUCACUCUUUGUGGAGUUAUCUUUGGACCAACCAGGCAGACUACAUGAACCCUCUGUACCGGCCAGACCACAGCCAGGCACAGGGCCUCCUCAGGCCCUCUACCGCCCCCUACUGCUUUAAGUUUUGGAGAGGGCUGUAUAACCGUUUUGACCGCGGGAUGCAUCCUCGUCAGUCUGUGGAGGAUUAUCUGAGUGCCAUCCAGGAGGAGACACAACAGCUGGAGGAGCAGCUGGCCUCACACAAACAGAAAAUUGCAGAGCUGGAGCAGGAGCAGGGGUGGAAGAGCGAGACCAAGACAACAACCGCUUAUGAUAAGAGCCCCACAGCGUGGGCUCUUGGUGCUGACCUUGGUCUGGCCAACACCCCUCAGGAUUAUACCGGAGGCUUCAUCACCAGCAGCCCCUGUCAGCCCAAAGUGCCAGACAGCAGCCUGAUCCUCCAGGACUUGAACCAGACACCUGAGACCAACCUCUCCAAUGGUAGUGACCAGGAGUCGGGGAUUGCAGAUUUGAGCUGCCGCUCACCCCUCAGCGAGGACAGCACCAGGGAUCCAGACUCCGAUGAGGCUGCCUACUCAGCUGCCUGAGAGAAUGUAGCAUUUGGUGGGAGGUCCACGGAGCAGCUGAACAACCUUCACAUUCAUUAAGUAACCCUGCUGUAGGCUCACGCCAGUGAAAAGUCUUUUUUGGGUUACACAAGUGACUUGCACUUUUGUUUGCAUGUGGUGUGGUGGACUCUGCCUGUUGCCACAUACAUUCUAGUUAGUGGUAGUUUACUGUAGCUGACCAUAUUGUAUUUAUGCUGGUGAAAGAAAUUAAGAUUCUCAAAGUAACUGCAAAGCUUAAUAUAUUGCUCACUGUCACAUAUGUUGUUGACAGCAGAAUUAACCAGUAAGAGUGUACACAGAGUGGAAAACGGUAACAGAAAUGCUUUAAUGGUGAAGAGAUGUUUUAACCAAGAUUCUACUGAGGUCUAAUAUCAGCAUAAAAAUUUAGGACAGCUUGUUUUUAUCUGUGGUCUUCCUCCUCCUUCCUCCAUCCUUCAUCAGGCAUUUGUGAACACCUUUUGAGUUGUCAAAGCAACAUGAAGCAAUUAAGAGAGCUCCAAAGAAACAAAAUCAUCAUUUAAGGUGCGCUGAAUAAAAGUAUAAUUGAAUAAAGGGCUAAAUUAAAUCAGAAUUAAACAGAUUAAACACCAAACAGACAAACUGCAGAGACAAAAGAAACAAAAGACUCCAGUGAAAGCUAAUCAACAAGGAUUUGACAAACGUGUACAGAUGUCUCUGACACACAUGCUGCUAAUUGGAAUUUCAGAAUGAUUCAGCUUUUUAGCAAUGUUUCCAUCUCUAGGAGUUUUUUUCCCAUAAAGUGUCUUUGUAAUAUUCAGUUGACACUUAAUUUAAAUGCUGUCGUACAUCAUGGUAGCAGCUACUUAUAGGCUGUCUGGAUUCAAGAUUUAAGUCUGAUCUGUAGGAGCAGCAAUAAUCUCGUUCCACCCAUGUAGCAUAUUUUGAAAUGUUAUGAAUGAACGUCACUCGCUCAGCACACCACACCUCGGCAGGGUUUCAGAGUUGUUGCACUACAAUAGCCAGUGUUAUGUUGUGGUUGAUUGGCACCUUGAGGCCACAUCUGAGUAUUUCAACUAGAUACAUGUAGUGUAAAUAUCACAAUAUCAUGUGAUAUUUACACUACAAGUCUUAUUAUAUUUCUGUACACAAUGUUUCAAAAGCAAAUGUGAACAAACCACCACUCUUAACAAAGGGAAUCAUCUGUCUGCUGGUGUUAAAUCAUGACUACUGAACCAGCAGACUGGAGCAUGUGAACAAAAAGGUACUGCUGCUUUGGGCAGGAGAUUUAACGACUGACCUUUUCUGUAUUUGUGCCAUCUCGACUGUAAAAUAAGCAUUAAAACUGCUGACUUUAAAUGUGUAGUACACAGUAAGUGCACUCCAACACUGCAAAUGAACAUUGCAGAGAUUAUCGAGCAAAGCAUGUUAAGAUAUUUUUGUACUCUGACCUAUUUUUUUGACUACUGUAAUGUCGCUUUAAUGCAUGUUUUUAUUUGUGUCUGCGGGUUGAAAAUAUCCAGUCUGACCAAGUGUGAAAGAAAGAUCUUUAUGUCACUGGGUUUAUUUGUUCAGGUGGAAUAAGAGCCAAAUUUCCCAAACUGAUUUGACUUGUGUAACAUGUGUCUGUUUUCUUUUGAAUAAAUAAAAACAUUAUUGUCAAUUACAA